AUGGCGGCGUUCAUGAGACGCAUGUUGUGGCAUCUUCUUACAGCAGAGCGAAGUAAUAUUCUGAAAAAAGGCAACGACUGUAUCGUAGAUUCAAAGAGAUACGUGCGAGCAUUGAAAAGGAGACCUGUGAAGGUGUUGUAUCCUGAUAGUGAGACGACAUCGAAACAGAGGUCAGAUCAAAUCGGCAACAAGCAGUCUCAGACAGUUGGGUCCACUGUCAACGCCAAUUUAAAAAAUGAGACCACUGAUAGUGUUUUCAGCAUGUCAUGGAGUGCCAGAAAUGGCAAUGCAUCCUCAACGUCGGAACAUACAACCAAUCUGAAGGACCAACUAGGUGGCCUCAAAUUCGAAAGGGCCUUCCCUGGUGACAAAAGAUUGGCGUAGGUCUCAGUGCAUGUUGGCUAUCGACCCUAUGUUAGGUAGAUAGUUGAGUGAAUAUAUCCUCUUUCAUUAUAGUGGCUAGUAGAGGUCUAGUAACUACGGGGCUGUGAUGUAUGUUUGCAUGAUAGUUGAUGUUCAGCCCAGAUAGCCUGCUAUGUUUCUUGCCCUUGACCACUUCUAUCCUCUCGCCAUCUACCAGGAGGGUGGUGAGUGUGGCUCGCUCCAGGACGUUUCGGGAGCACCAGGGUAAGAUCCUGUUGGAGGGGAGACGUCUGAUCUGCGAUGCCCUGGCUGCUGGUGCCAACCCCCAGAUGGUGUUCUUCAGUUCUGUGGACAGACUGUGUGAGCUCCCCUUGGACAAACUGAAGAGGGCCACUCUGGUCAAAGUCAAGUUUGAGGACAUCAAGAUCUGGUCUGACCUUGUAGCGCCACAGGGAGUGAUAGGUAUGAUAGGCUGCAUGAUUUCAUUUUCAGAAUGAUUUUGAAGUUGUUCUACAUACUACUGUAUAUUGUUGAGAAUAAGUAUUGUAUAUUGACAAUGCUUUCCCCUUGUAGCCAUAUUUUCUCGGCCAGACCCAUCCCGGCUGACAUUCCCUCAGGACCAGCGUGGUCAGUCUGUGCCACUGUCCCUGAUCUGUGACAACGUGCGGGACCCUGGGAACCUGGGCACCAUCCUGCGCUGUGCUGUCGCUGCAGGCUGCAACAAUGUCCUGCUCACCAAGGGUAUGUCAUGAUGAUAAUAAUGUGCCAUUUAGCAGACGCUUUUAUCCAAAGCGACUUAGUCAUGCGUGCAUACAUUUUUGUGUAUGGGUGGUCCCGGGGAUCGAACCCACUACCUUGGCGUUACAAGCGCCAUGCUCUACCAGCUGAGCUACAGAGGACCACAGGGGAUGGGUAUGUUACACCCUAUUCAAGUCUAUGAUGUUACAGAUAAGCAGGGGAUGGGUAUGUUACACCCUAUUCAAGUCAAUGAUGCCAUAUUGGGUGGACUGGUGGCCAUUUUGAGUGUACCCAUAGGCGCUGAUAGUGAGGAAUUACAGUGUGUGAACCUGUGCACUACUCUGGAUGGUUAUUUCACUAAGUAUCUUGUAUAUGUCUCUUUUCACAGGCUGUGUGGACGCUUGGGAACCUAAGGUGCUGCGAGCAGCGAUGGGUGCCCAUUUCCGCCUUCCCAUCUUCCCCAGCUUGGACUGGGACGACAUUCAAAACCAGCUGCCAAAGUCUGUGACUGUCCACGUGGCAGAUAACUGCAGCGGCUCUGAGAGAGAAGUACCUGAGGACGUGGAAGCAAACCAGUCCAAUAAACCUUCAAAGCCGGGGGACUAUGGAUGGGUGAGUAGCAGUCCUAAUCGUAAAGACAUGCACUAUGAGGAAUAUCAAUCAGAUUCCGAACUGUCGUUUCCAAGAGUGGAGACCAAAUUGUACCAUGAAGGCUGGGCUCAGGGGAACACAGGCCUUGUGAUUGGUGGAGAGACUCAUGGACUGAGUCUGGAAGCCGUCCAAUUGGCUGAGAGAACUGCCGGUCAAAGACUGUUUAUCCCUGUGGUCCCUGGCGUGGACAGUCUCAACUCAGCCAUGGCAGCCAGCAUCCUCCUGUUUGAAGGCAGAAGGCAACUGUUAAACCUAAUGGAGACGUCUGGGAGGAAAGCUAAAUCUAAAGUGCAAUUUCCAUGAUUUUGCUGCAAGCCAUUUUGAGUGUAACGGACAUGUUAUUCCUGGUGUUUGUCACUUUUUCCAUGCAUACAUUCUAGACUGCACAACACCUCUUUACUGUACCUCAUGUCAGACUGAAUCAUAUGGAUGGAUUUAAUUUCCAUAUUCAACUCAGCUCAUAAUAAAGUGAAGUGAUAUAAAAUCAGCGUUUGGCUGAAAAUGAUUGACAGAAUUUCCACGAUGUGAAAUGUAUGUUUUUUCCGGUGUGCAUAUUUACUCUAUCAUCUUCCAAAAUUCCUGCCAGUGUGGCUUUGGAAGCUUCACUUACUCUCCACACGCAGUUGGCUACUAUAUUUCCUGCCAGUUAUGGCUAAACCGCUGCCAUGCAAGAUGACUGCUUAAUCUCUAUACAGGACAUCAGUGGACAUGUGCUCAGUGUAUGUCUGUUUAGCAAAGGAAAUAACCUGUCCAUCUAACAUUUUCACUGACUGGCCUAUGAAAUAAAUUAUCAUAGUAACCACAGGGUGGCGCCUGAAGCAAUUUGAGACCUUGCUGAGAACAUAAUUUACUGCAUGUUAUGAAGUUGUAGGGUAAAAAACCACAACUUCAUGUGAAAGGUGUGAAAUACUUGGUUGUCUUAUACUGUAAACACAUGGGUUGUGUACUAAGCAUGACAU